UCAUUGGGUAUAGCACGACGGGAAGGGGCGGCGCUGCCAUGACAGGCUGGGAAAGAAAUAAAAGUGAAAACCUAGCGCUACUACAAGCGAUGACUAUUAACGAAGAAUUCGCCGUAAGCUCAUCCCGCACGGGAAGCUAAGCCAGUUGAUGGCCGGCAACCAUGAAGCCAGGCUUCCUGGAAUCUAGAGGAAAGAAGGAACUGGCUGGCGUGGGCCUUUGAGGUCUUCUAUUGUCAUCCGCUUUAUCUCAGGGACAGGACACAAAAAAUUAGAGGCCCAAGAAAGGGGAAGGGACUUGCCCAAGGUCACAUAGCCGAGAAGUAAACAAAAAAUAAAGCCGACGAAGGAUUGAUCUAACUUGCUGGAUCACCCCAGCCCCAAGGCUUUUUUCAUCUAACCUUUCAUGGAGAAGUGAAAAUCCUGCUCCUUGUGCUCUUUAUUCCUAAAUGAAGUUUCUAGGCCCCGCAAAGAAAGUGGAAGUAGGAACAGGGUUUUGGUGUUUUUUUUGUUUUGUUUUUUUCCUUUAAUAAUAUUAGUAGUUAAGAACCCUAAUGUGGAAUUAGAUGUGCCCCGUUGGUUCUAAAAACCCUGUUGUUUUGCAAAGUUAAAAAAUGAGUUCCAGAGAUGGCAAGCAAUUUGACCAAGUCGCACUUGGCCUAGAUUCCAAGACUCUUACCUUCCUCCACCCCCUUCACUCUGAGAUUGUUUCAGCAGGGGCUCUCUACAUUCCCGUGGAGGGUCAGGUUCCGUUGGCUAGGAACUCUGGAAUAGAGGCAAGCACUGUUCGGGUACUCGGUAGGACUCGCCGGCCGACUGCCACUGGAAUUAAGAUUUAAAAAGAACGGCUCCAGGACUGAAACCCCGACUUAGGAACUAGUUAGCGCAGGUGAAGUUUCCACCCGGAAUCAUUUGUUUUCGGCCCUCAGGAAAUGGAAGCUGUCAAACCCCACUCGCCGGAAGUGCCCUUUCGGCGGUGGUGUUCAUGCAACUCAGCUUUCUCCUCGUGCGAUGCUGGCAAGAACCUGGGCUGCCUGCCACAAGUAGGGAAGGCGGACACCAAGGCUUGCCAGGCAAAAGGAGCCGCGGGAACUGUCGGCAACAUGCUUCUUCUGGUUCAUUCCCUCCACUUGGCCAUAAAAAUACAUUAAUCAGAACUGCCUGGCAUCUUCCUGAGCAGGACUUUCAGUAGGGUCCAGUAUGCUUCACUUCAUCCAGAAAUUUUCUCGAGCAUCUUCACAGAUGCUGAAGUACUCUUUCCCAAUGGGACUAGGAGCCAGCAGGAGAACAGAUAUACUUUCUCUCAAGACAUCUCUCCAGCAAAACAUUUCCCCUUUGUUUCCAAAGCUUUGGCUCUUCUCAUCGUAUCCGUUGUACAUGAGCAAGAGGCAAUGCUAUCAUACGUCCCCAUGCUGCUUUAAGAAGAAGCAGAAGCAAGCAGUACUUCCAUCCAGGCCACCAAGCACCAUCACUUACCUGCCUGACAGCCCAAAGCCAGCACUAUACAUAACUCUGGCAGGAUUAAUCCCCUUUUUUGCUCCACCUCUGAUCAUGGUGAUGACAAAGACUUACAUCCCUGUAUUAGCUUUUACUCAGAUGGCUUAUGGAGCCAGUUUCCUGUCUUUCUUGGGAGGAGUCAGAUGGGGUUUUGCUCUGCCAGAAAGUAGUCCAGCCAAACCAGACUUCCUUAAUUUAGCUAACAGUACAGCUCCUGUUUUGUUUUCAUGGUUUGCUUUUCUUAUUUGUGAAAGACUCAGUGAAGCUAUAGUCACGGUAAUAAUAGGUUUAGGGAUAGCAUUACACACUGAACUUUUUCUCUUGCCACAUUAUCCCAACUGGUUCAAAGCCUUGAGGAUAGUAGUCACUUUGGUAGCCUUUUUUUCUUUUAUAAUCACUUUACUAGUUAAAAAUACAUAUCCAGAGAAAGGACCCAAGAGACCUGGACAAGUAGAAUAAAUAUAAAACCACUCUGUAGAUAUUAAUAUGUGUGUUAUAAGCCUUGUAAGCUUCCAAUUUUGCCAUCACCUUUCUCUUGUUUGGCUCUUUCCCCAAUCAAUGAUAAUUUAUUCUUCACAGAUUAUUUUUCAUUUUUAGAAAUCAUUACUUCAUAGUGAUUGAGUAAGAGCUUGAAAAUCCAUGACAAGUCCUAUUCGUGAUGUAUUGGGUUACAGUUCUCAUUCAGUCUUUUUAUGAAUUAUAUAGCCAUUUACUUAGACAUUUCAAUAUUUUAAUUAUCUUGAAAAUGUAAAAUAAAAAAAGAUGAA